AUGACUACCACCGCCACUCGCCUUCAAGAUGCAAAAACGAACGAGCGUGCAGACAGCAUUCUUGCCGGCUUUAAGCUCAACUGGAUGAACCUGAGGGAUGCCGAGACUGGUAAAGUUCUUUGGCAGAGCACAGAAGACAUGGCCGACCCGAAGAAGGAGCAUAAUGGUGAGUGAAAUUUCAAAAAAGUCUCGGAAAAACCAAUCAUCACAAUCAUUAUGCCUGGGGCGGUAUUAAUUUCGUCACUGACAACGCGUAGUUUUGAACACGAGCGUGUCGGCCGACACCCGCGCUCACUGCCACUGCGCUCCGCUGCUGCAUCAUUCCCUACCCUCUGAGUGAAUAUAAAUACGCGCGCAUUGCCGCUGCCAGCAGUGGGGUAUACGCGUGCUAAGACACUUGUUUUUGGUUUUACAGCCCACGUCCCGAAGAACCUUUUGAAAUGUCGUACGGUUUCCCGUGAGAUCAACUUCACGUCUUCCGUCAAGAUCGAGAAAUUCCGAUUGGAACAGCGCGUUUAUCUGAAGGGAAACAUCAUCGAAGGUACGAGAUCCGCUUUAAUAUUCAUCGUGUUAUCGCACGCGACGGCGAAUAACAAGCUGUCCGAUGACUGCUUUUAAUGCAUUCCGACUUCAGAGUGGUUCUUCGACUUUGGCUUCGUCAUCCCCGACUCGACGAAUACGUGGCAGAACAUGAUCGAGGCGGCGCCAGAGUCUCAAAUGCUCCCGCCGUCCCUCCUCAGGCAAGCCAUUUCGCGGAAAAUAUUAUGCAUUCGCCGGAAUCGACUUCUUUCUCGACUGCGGGUCUCGCACGGAGCGAAAAAUUUAAAGCUAGUUACACGCAUUAGAGUUCUGCGCCUUUAAAGUUGAGAAUAAUACGGUUGUAUCAAUUUUUACCAUUUUCUGGCAAAAAAGUCGGCACAUCGGAUUUUUCGUGAGAAAAAAGAAAAAAAAUAGUAUCCGCAUCAAAUUUAAAUGCGCAGAACUUCAUUGCGUGUUGGAGCUUGGAAAAUUUCGCUCCGUGCGAGACCCGCCGUCGAGAAAGGCGUCAAUUCCGGCAAAUGCAUAAACAUUAAUUUGGAAACCGAUGUUCUUAAUAUUGUCAAUUUCAGUGGAAACGUGGUCGUGGAGACGCUCUUCUACGACGGAGAUCUUCUCGUGAGCACUUCGCGAGUCCGGCUCUUCUACGACUGA